AACUUUACCAGAUGGCAUAAAGAAAAGUCUGGAGACAAUCGAACGGCGGAAAAAAUAAAUAAACAAACCUUUCUCAGCUGCUUCUCUACCAGUCGAGAUGACUGAUUCAACCCCUGAAAAAGAUCAGAAUGCUGUUUCUCCAGCAUAUGCUUGUGAUGAAACAACUAAAGAAGGAUUUAUUAGAGUAAUUGUUGGAAUAAAAGGUUUAACUGUAUCUAGACAAUUCAAAAGCAUGAAGUUUAUCAAAGUUCCAGAAAAUGCCACGAUACCACCACCAGAAUUCACAGACAGGAGUUUAUUGUUAAGAGUAGAGGGAAAAGCAAAAGGAGCACUGAAAGGAAAAUUAUUUAUACUUAAAGUUAGACAACUACCAUUUGAUAUUAAUCCAGACAAGAGCUAUUUUAAGGCAGAGGAAGAUAGAGUCCUGUUGUUUUUAAGUAAGACACAAGACAAGUCAUGGUAUCCUGAACUAGAAUCUGGAUUGGAAACUGCUGAGGAGGAGGAGGAAGAGGAAGAAAAAUAAAGGGAGAUGAUCACAAUUGUUCUCUAAAAAGUUAUUUCAAAUUCACUAGAAAUUUUAAGAUCAACCACACUACACUAAUUGCAAAAAAAAAGAAGAAUGAAGAUUAAACCAGUUUUAAUAAAUCACUUUGACACUGUUGUUUCUACUGUUUUUCACAGCAGUUAGCACAUUGGAUUUUUUGCAUUUUUAUAAGGAACUAUUUUUGUUUUAAGUUCCAAAUUGUAUACAAGUUUAUUGUUUUUUUGGGAGAUAUUAUGGAAUUUUGUGUUUUUUAUGCUUUUGUUUUGAGAAAGAAGUUUUUUUUUUUUAUAUACACAUUUUUUAAUUAACUAGCAAAAAGAAGGUUGUACUUUUAUUUGAUCCUGGUUGUAGUUUAUGAUAGUACAAUAUACUUUAUAGAAGGGGAAGGCUCUUUUUUCUUAUAUCACAAGGCCCAUGCAAAUAUAAUAAGAAAGGGUACCAGAUUUUUUUUUUUUAAAAAGUCAAUCAAACCAAUCAUAUGACCUUCAUUCAUCAUACAGUACAUUCUUUAAUAGUUUUUACAUAUACAAUAUACAAUAUAAAUUUUUUCAAGAUAUACAAAUCAUCUGAUUCUGUUUAUUUAUUUGAUAUUAUUAAACUUUAGCCAUUCAUUUAUGUUUUAUUGUAUACCAUAUAUGUUUGGUGUUGAAUUUUUUGUUUAAAUCAGAAAUUAGAGAAUAUGUAGGGUCAUGUAGGUCUUAUCUUCAUAGAAAAUAUAUCUGCUUUGUAACAAGUCAAUAAAUUAUUCACAUGCUUGGUGCUAUUGUCGACUUCACAAAUUUUUUUUUUAGGGUUGUUUGUUUACCAUAGUGAAACAUACUUUUGAGUUUUAAAUUAUACAUUAACUCAGCUGUGAAUGAAAACAAAGUAUCUGUGAUAUUAUUAGAAAUGCUGUAUUUAAGAAAUAAUUCAUUGGGGCUUGAAUAUAUCGUGAUUUUACCACGGGUUGGCACUUUAUGACAAAUAUUUUACCCUGAGCGAUAGCGAGGGGUAAAAUAUCGGCAUAAAGGGACAACCCGUGGUAAAAUCACGAUAUAUUCAAGCCCCCAUGAAUUAUUUCGAUUCUAAUAGGACAAAUAUGGCAAUUCUUUUGGAUCGAAGCUAUCUAGGUGAAGGCAUUAUUUGCCGUUCCCAAAAAUAAACGCACUAUUAAAUUGACGUAAAAGAACGGAGCAAACUGAAUAAAUGGCAUGCUUAAACUAUUUACAAUGACAUAUUUAGAUAGGUUUGGAUGAAUCUAAAUGAUAAUUGUAUUUAUAUGUCUUAUAUGUAAACAAAAAAUGGCUUAUAUAACACAUUAUAGCAUCGUUUGUUUACGUUUCCUUGUUGUGAUGAUUUUCGGUUUCACAAGCAUGUAUUUUCCCGUAAAAUGCUUAUAUUCUUACGUCAUCGUUCUAUGACGUCGGGUAGCUCAUUCAUAAAAAAGCAUAUGACGCGGGAGUACGAUCAGAACAGCUCAAACAAUAUAUUCAUAUUUUACCACGGGUGUGUACUCAAAGCGUUUGAAGAACGCCAUGUUAGAAUCCUUUGCAGUUUUAAUAAAAUUUAAAAACUUUAAUAGGGUUAUGACCAAUCAAACAACCUUGUGUUGAUAUAUAGUAAAAAUGGCUAGAUGACUGAUUUUAAGAAGGUUUUUUUUAGUUGAUUUGAAUUUAAUUUCUUGUCUUUUGUUUUAUAUUUAUUUUAUGGCACACUGUUUUAAUCUUUAUUUUCUACCUCAUUUUGUACCAAUUCUAAUUGGAGAUAAAAAAAAUCCCUCUUUUUUGUACAAUUUUCAAUGUUGAAAAAAAUUAUUAGUUUUUCAUUUCCUUGUACUGCUAGGUUCUUUAUUUUAAUUUUAUUGUGGACCAAAACCAUUUUUUUUUUAUUCAUUUCUAGCAACUUAGUUAUCCUUUUAUUUAGUUUAUUUUGAUAAAGGUAUUGCGCAUGCCUAUAAAUAUAUAAAAAAAAAUAGACUGAUAAAUAAUUGUAUUUUGAAUUUUUGAACUGUCUCUUUUUUGUAUGUAAGUUGAACUUAUUGUAAUGCUUUUUAUAUAUAAUAAUAUUACAUUUUGUUUUUCAUGAAUGCUAAAAGUGUAUAUAAAUUUUUGCAAUAAAAACAUAUUUUUAAUUUGUUGCAUUUAAGAAAGAAUUGUCAAAAUAGUCUUUCUAAAGAAAGGACGUUAACUAUUUUAACGUUAAAUUGUAUAAACUAAUUUUUAUUAUGUGAAUUGCAUGUUUUUUGUAUUAAACAUUUCAUAUGAUUAUCAUCAGUUUUAUUUCAGGAUGCUUCAAAUUUUUACUUUUUACUAAAAAAAGAUACCCAGUUUUUUUUGUAGAUUGAUAUUAUAUGCACAUACAAUUUUUGUGAUACAGAACAUUAUGCAUAUUGUCUUUGUCAAUUAUCAGUAAUUGAAAAAAAAGAAUUCUAAUCAAUUUUUACCUUAAAAAACAAAGAUUAUUGCACUCUGACAUGAAAUAAAUCAAUAUAACUUAUGAUAAUUUCUAGUCAAAUCAUUUAUAGCUAAUAGAGCUCUGUAUCUACAUUUAGAACACUUGUAAAAAGUUAGUUACCUUUGGUUUUGGUUGUUAUUUAUGAUCUGUUUUGCUGCUUUAGGCUUUUUUUUCAGCAUUUAAUGAGAUAUGUAAUUUGUAUUUAUACAAGUAUAGGUACUAGUAUUGGUACUGGUAUACAUUAAGAAGAUUUAUGUGUCAUAACCAUAUCUAUAUUUAAUAUAAUGAAACUUUUCACAGUUGCUUGUUCGAGCUGCACAAGAGGUAAAUGUAUUGGGAUGUUUGAUGGCUCCUAUUUCAUCCCUAAAUGAUUUAAACUUUAUGAUUCAUUCCUGUAUUACUUGAGGCUGUUUUCUAGAACCUUGGAUCACAUGCAAGUCAAAUAUUAUUUCAAAAUGCUUUCCGACACCCAUCCCAAAUAACUCAUUUCUUUCCACAGUGAUUUUUGGAAUAACUCUCAUUCACAUAAUUAAAUGAUUUUAUUUCCAGAUGGUAACUGGAGUUUUACAAAAGUGCAAAAGUUUUAGUUAAUGAAUUUUCACACAAAAAAGUACAGGGUUAGAUAUAAAAUUAUUUGACCAUUUUUUUACUAAAAUUUGGCAUUUUGAUUCAAGAUUCCCAUUUAUCUUUUUAAUUUAUCUUAAAUUUUAAAGUUUAGGUAAUAAAAAAACUAAAAAUAUGUAGCUUUAGAUCCAUUUUAUUUUACAAUUGAUAGGACAUCAUGGAAAAUCCAUCAUGAAAUCAUGAAGAUAUAGAGAGCAUGAAGGUACCAAUUAAAUAAUUUACUGCAGUGAUUGUUUAUAUGAACAACACAUUAAUUGUAAAUAUUUAUUUGGAACUUGCAUGCAUUUGAUGUUACCAAUUGACAAAUAUGAGUAAACUAUAUGUCAUUAUUGUAGAAAAUUAAUUAAGCUAUCUUUCAACUAUAAAAUCUUGACAAAUAUAUAUUCAUUAUACUUGAAAGACCUUACUGUUAAAAUUUUGCACAUACUUAUCAAUUAUUUUUAUAUAAAAAUCACUUUAUUUUGAAAAGAAUUUAAUUUAUAGCACAUUUCCUCCUUUUCAUUGGUUCAAUUUAAUGUUGCCUUAGUACGUUAGUAUGAAAUAUUUUACCUUAUUUAAAAUUUGUCACAGCUAUGAAUAUGAAAAUAAUUGAACAACUAUAGCACAAUAUUUCAAACAACAUAUUUAUGAUGAUUUAAAUUCUGUUAUACACUUACAUUAGUAGUGCAAUAAAAUGUUUUAAAAUUU